AUGAGGAUCGGCUCUCGAUACCGAAGAGCCAAGAGGCUGUGCCCCGAGCACCUGUGGGGCGGAAUCAAGCCAGCGGCACAGCCGGCCUGCUACAGCGAAGGCUGCAGUAGCAACUGCACCUGCCACACUGGUAGCCAGAUGUACGGCAAAAUAACCGCAACGGCCACGGUGGUAGACAGCGAUACGGCAAAAUGUAUUCGAUGUAGGCCUAGCAACAUCUGCAAGCGGCAACCACCGUUGCUCCGUCUGUUAUCCUCAGAUCUACACGCCUCGCACAGGUCUGUGCCCCACUCUAUGGUUCUUAGCAUCCUUGGGAAAAGUGCGCAGAAAGUUAGAGCGGUUUCAGGCUCCACUGAGACAGAGUCCAUUCAACUACAGUGUAUUGAACACGGAACAGCACGAAAGGCUUUAACUCGUAUGGGGCUGACACUGGCCAGCUUGCCCGUCUACGCAGUGGCGCAAUCUCUGAGGCUACGCUUUGCCGACGACAGGCAGAAGAAAAGAAUCGGCAAAAGUACCGGCGUAAAAUACCCUCUUAGUUCCAAAACGGGGCACAUUAAUGUGCCGAGGGGCUUUUACGUCGGAGCAGUUCAUCACAACAUAGCGACCCAGGGGGAGGUGCAAGUGCGUUCCCCUGAUGACGCCAUAGAGGUGUCUCCGCCAGGAACUGAUGAGAUUGCGCUCCUUUCAGCGCUCGCAACGGCAUGUGCAUCUUCUAUAGCAAGAAGAGUGGAGAGGCUGUUCCAAGGAAAGCGGAGCGAGGAGGCUCACAUGCAGUGCAGCGGCACUAAAGGGAACGGCGGAGACAUGCAUGCAUUCCGUCGUGACGGUCUGCUAAAGACCGCAGUCUUGGGGGAGUCGAUCCAGUUAACACACGACGAACAGUAG